AUGAAGAGAAAGGCCGAGAGUCAGGCCAACGGCUCGGCCGCCGGCCACAAAAAGUCCAAGAAGUCCCUCUCCGCCGACGAGGCCCGCAAGCGCUUCCGCGCCGGCCUCUUCGACAAGCCCGUCCUCGACGCCUACACGGGCGAGUACGCCACCUCGGCGCCCUACAAGCAUGCCGUCAUCCACGAGCUCGUCGACGACGCGCUGCUGCGCUCCGUCCGCGACGAGAUCCGCGGCAACGUCGAGUUCACCCCCAAGGAGACCGACAUCUACAAGAUCCACCAGUCGGGCGACCUCGCCAACCUCGACGGCCUCGACGACGCCUCCCUGGCCAAGCUCCCCUCGCUGCUUGCCCUGCGCGACGCCGUCUACUCCGAGGCCUUCCGCGACUACGUCUCCGCCAUUACCGGCUGCGGGCCCCUGAGCGGCCGCAAGACCGACAUGGCCAUCAACGUCUACACCCCCGGCUGCUUCCUGCUCUGCCACGACGACGUCAUCGGCAGCCGCCGUGUCAGCUACAUCCUCUACCUGACCGACCCGGACAAGCCCUGGCAGCCCGAAUGGGGCGGUGCCCUCCGCCUCUUCCCCGUCCAGAAGCAGGAGAACAAGGACGGCGAGGUCGCCAAGACGCCCCUGCCCGACGUCGUCAAGGUCAUCCCGCCCGCCUGGAACCAGCUCAGCUUCUUCGCCGUCCAGCCCGGCGAGAGCUUCCACGACGUCGAGGAGGUCUACCACGCCGAGACCAAGGAGCAGCUGGAAAAGGACGGCGGCCGCGUGCGCAUGGCCAUCAGCGGCUGGUUCCACAUCCCCCAGAUCGGCGAGGACGGCUACAUCGAAGGCGAGGAGGAGAAGAACGCCAAGAACAGCAGCCUCAUGCAGCUCCAGGGCAACCCUGCGCAGUACGACGCGCCGCGGCCCCAGCCCGUCAAGGUCGAGAACCCCAAGCCCAGCCAGGACGACUUUGAGCAGGCCGAUCUCGAGUUCCUCCUCAAGUACAUUGCGCCCACGUACCUGACCCCCGACACGCUGGAGCAGAUCCAGGAGCACUUCGAGGAGAACUCCAGCAUCACCCUCGCCAACAUCCUCUCCAAAAAGUUUGCGCAGCGCCUGAAGAACUACGUCGCCGAGCAGGAGAGAGUGGCGCUACCAGAGGACAGCGCCUCCCUCGAGAAGCUGUCGGCCUGGCGCGUGGCCCGGCCCCCUCACAAGCACCGCUACCUCUACCAGCACCCCAGCCAGCUGCGCUCCUCCCACGAGGAGUCACCCCUCACCGAGCUGCUCGACAUCCUCCUGCCCAGCCGCCAAUUCCGGCACUGGCUGCAGAUCGCCACGGGCUGCACCGUCGAGAGCGCAGACGUCAUCGCCCGCCGCUUCCGCCGCGGACAAGACUACACCCUGGCGACCGGCCACGACGGCAAGCCGCGCCUGGAGCUCAACCUUGGCAUCACUCCGACCUCUGGCUGGGGCGACGAGGACGAGGAGGAAGAUGACGCCGCCGCCGCCGCCGACGCUGAGAAGCAAGAGGCCGCCGCGUCCAAGACCAACGGCAAGGGCAAGGGCAAGGCCAAAGCCGAGCCGGAACCUGAGCCCGCCAAGCCCGACGUCGAGGCCGAGGAGGUGGGCGGACACGAGGUGUACAUGGGCGGCGACGACGACGCCGACGAGGAUGCCGCCGUGUACAAGUCGAGCGGCGACGACGACAACAUCCUCUUCUUCCAGGCCGCCGCCUGGAACAAACUCACCAUUGUCCUGCGCGACAGCGGCGCGCUCAAGUUCGUCAAGUACGUCAGCCGCAAGGCCAAGGGCGACCGCUGGGACAUAUCCGGCGUGUUCGAGGUCGAGGAACAGGAUGAUGACGAAGACGGAGACGGCGCUGAAGGCGACAACGGCGAGGGGGCUGCGCCUGGUGAUGGAGAGUCGGACGAGGAGGAGUUCAACGGCUUCUCCGACUCUGCGGACAGCGAGUCCGAUUAA